GAGGGCUGGCCACCAUGCACAGCUCCCGAAGUUUGCUGGCACUUUUGCUGCCACCACUGCUACUGCUGGUGGCCAUCGCAGGCCCUGCUGGAGCCCUGAGUGAUGAUGAGAAACGAGUGAUGGUGGAGCUGCACAACCUCUACCGUGCGCAUGUGUCCCCACCAGCCACCAGCAUGCUGCAAAUGAGAUGGGACGAGGAGCUGGCUGCCUUUGCCAAGGCCUACGCGCAGCAGUGUGUGUGGGGCCACAACAAGGAGCGCGGGCGGCGUGGCGAGAACCUGUUCGCCAUCACGGACGAGGGCGUGGAUGUGCCGCUGGCCGUGGAGGAGUGGCACCACGAGCGCGAGCACUACAACUUCAGCACCUCCACCUGCGACGCGGGCCAGAUGUGCGGCCACUACACGCAGGUGGUCUGGGCCAAGACAGAGCGCAUUGGCUGUGGCUCCCACUUCUGCGAGAAGCUCCAGGGCGUUGAGGAGACCAAUAUCCAUUUGCUGGUUUGCAACUAUGAGCCCCCGGGGAACGUGAAGGGGCAGAGGCCCUACCAGGAGGGAACUCCGUGUUCCCAAUGUCCUUCCGGCUACCACUGUGAGAACUCCCUCUGUGAACCCAUCAGAGGCCCAGAAGAGGCUCAGGACUUGCCUCAACUGGUAACUGAGGCCCCACCUUCCCUGGCAACUGAAGCCUCAGACUCUGGGAAAGGAGGUGUCUCUUCUUUCCUAGCAACGGAAACUCCAUUCUUCUUGGUAACAGAGGUCUCAAGCUCCCUGGCAACCGAGGCUCUACCUGCUGUACAGACUAGUGUCCCAUCUUCCUUAGCAACGGAAGGCCCCUCCUCCAUGGCAACCGAGGCUCUACCUGCUGUACAGACUAGUGUCCCAUCUUCCUUAGCAACGGAAGGCUCCUCCUCCAUGGCAACAGAGGCUCCACCUUCCUUAACGACCGAGGCCCCCUCUUUGAAAACUCACAGCCUGCUCUCCUUGUAUGAGCGGCCAGCUACCUCCCCCAAACCUACCUAUGAUCCCAUCUCCAAAUCGGCAGACAAAGAGGUCAGCAGUACACUAGGAAUGUCCUCCAGGAGCCCGACGAGUUCUCUGCACCCGAAGGUGUCCUUGACAGCGACACAAGAGCCGCUACCCGACUCCCAGGAAGAGGGUAAGGCUGCAUUGGUUUCUUUCAGUGAGGAAUUCGCCUCAGUUUUUCUAGUCCAGGAUGAGCCAAGUGAACUGCAGGCCGCAUUCAACCACAAUGGGCCUGCCUUCUCCAAGUCCCUGUCCAACUUCCCCAAUAUCUCUGCCACCGCUAAAAGCCUGGCCCGGCAGUCGUCCUUACCAGGUGCGGAGGGCUCUAACCCACCUGCAAUCUUCUCAGGGCUGAACCCGGGCCCUGGUCCCGUCUGGGGCCCUCUCCUGGGUCUACUGCUACUGCUUCCCCUGGUGUUGGCCAGAAUCUUCUGAAGGGGUCACCACUCAAAGGCAAGGCCUGGUGGGGGAACCCUGGCCUCAUACCCACUCCGGAUUGUAUUUCUCCAAGUAAGAGGCCACAGCUCCUGGGCAGGUCCUACUCUGUGGCCCAGCAGCUCCUUCACCCCAGCUUCUGUCCAGACUUCAGGCCAGUGCCCUUGGGCCCUCAGAAGGCCUGUAUAGGACAACUCCUGGCACUAUCCCAGGAGCGCCUCUGCCUCUGGAGAGCCCCCUCCCUCAGCUAGCUACAGAUUGUUCUGAGCAGUUUUCCUGUGGCCACAGGACAGAAGAGCUCAGGGCUUCCCAGGAACCACUUGGCCCCUUCAGUCUCCUGGCUUCUUCCUGGAGCCUUGAGUCCUAGGCUGUUCCCAAGAGUGCCUCCUGCCUUCCCAGGGUGAAGAGGCCAACUGUCCUUCUGCCAUCUCCCUCACACUGGCCCCUGCCCCCCAAACAGUACACUUCUUGGUUGAAGGCCUCUGGAAGGGAACGCUGCAGGACAUCACCCAGACACGUGGCCUGGCAGGCAGCCAGCUCAGGUUGCCAUGGCUGACUGCACAUUUGGCCCAGACCCCUCCUGCUCCCCCUAUCCCAGUCCAGAAGGGUGGGUGGGGAUUCUGGGGAGAUCCCCACCUGCCUGGCCUGUGGCUGUCUGCCGAUACAAGGUCGGGGGUUCUCCCUGAGUGCCUCCCUCCCCAUACUUGCUGUGUAGCUUUGAGGGGGGUUGUGAGGAGCAGAUGGAAAAGCCCCACCUGAGGGGGUUUCUAUGAGUGGAGCAGGCAAGGACCAGGGAAAGAAAGCAGCCUCUGACUCCUGAAUUUAAAAAAAGAAAAACCUGCAUAAGAGCACCCAGAGUCUGCAUGCUCAUGAGGGCUGGGUGACAAAGGGGACUCUGGGAGAACCUGAAGAGGCUUUGACACUUCCCCUACUAACCUGUGGCCACUGUCCCUUCUCCUUCAUCCCCCCUCCCCCAGCUACUCCAUUUAAUUCUUUGGGGUACCCUUCCUUUCUUUCCUAUGAACCUCCUCCCACCACCCAAAUCUUUAGGUAGCUGGCAGGAAGAGGAAAGGACCAAGGGAAGGCCAAAGGCACGGGGCUGACUCUCUCAGAUACCGGAGUCACCAGUGGGGCUGAGUUGGGUUCAGGGCCCAGGAUCAAGGAAUGGCAUGCAAGCUCUUCAUGGGGUGCUGCUGCCCAGUCCCAUCUGGGACACAAGGUCACAAAUGUAGCUCGGGUGGGGCUUUGCCAACGCUUGGUGCUUGGAGGAGUCCCGAGAAAGCUUCUGGAGUCCCGGAUACUCCCCCAGGGGAGCACAGCAGGAUUGUCCAGAAGUGCUGUGUGGUAGGAAAGCACAAGUGCAUGUGUAUAGGGCCAGCACCAGUGGGUGACCGAGGGCGGUUUGGGACCAAGCUGGAGCUGGUGGGGAGAGGCAGACUCGCCAGGCCAAAGACAGAGUGUGAGCAGUUAACCAGGAAGCACCCAAAUCAGGCCAGGGCUGUGCGCCUUCCAUUUAUGUAUAUACUGUGUCGCGAUUAAGACCUCAUAUAACAUAAAAUUCACUCACUGAAAGUGUACCAGUCAGCGGGUUCUAGUGUAUUCACAGGGUGUUAUAGCUACCACCACGGUCAAUUUUGGAACAGUUUCAUCACACUACAAAGAAACCCCACACCCAUUAGCCGUCACUUCUCAUUUUCCCUCCAACCCCACCCCCAGCCCUAAGCAACCACAUCUGCUGUCUCUCUGGAUCUGCCUAUUCUGGACAUUUUGUAUAAAUGGAAUCAUACAAUGCAUGGCCUUCUGUGUCUGGCUUCUUUCACUUAGCAUAUUUUCAAGGUUCAUCC